CCUACACAUCCAAUUUCAUCAAAUGUCUUCAACACCACGAACCUCAUCCCAAAGACUUCGCCUCAGAGUGACCACAGGUUGCCAAACAUGUCGUCGACGACAUGUCAAAUGCGACGAGAGUAAACCGACUUGCCGGAACUGUGGAAAAAAGAACCGAGUAUGUCGGUAUGAUAACGCCAUAGAGAGUCGUGAGCCUAGCGAGGCUCGCACAACAAUCCAGCAUCCAAGCACCAUCACGGAUACCAGUGAUUCACCAAUGCAUGACCUGCGGCCCGCAAACAGGGAUCCGCCAGUACUUUCAAAUGACGAAGUCAGCCUCACACCUAGCAAUACUUCAGUCAUAACCCCUGUUCCUGUUUCCAAUAACCCAGACCUGUCAAUCACGGCCAGUGAAACUGUCCCACGGGAUAGCCAUGUCGAAGCGUCCGGCGGAGAAGCUCGAAAUGCUGAAGUCGAAGCCUCUAAUUUAGAGGAACAGGAUACCCCCAUCGCGAGAGAAUCUCUUGUCAUCCCCGCACCUAGUUUCGAUCCAGAAGAUGGCACUUUGCACCAGAUAUCACCACGACAUAGCUCACUUGCCGCAGUGUUGCCUGGCCUUAGAUCAUCAUCUCUGCCAGAUCCCGGGACUAGCCACAGCAUUGGUGGAUUUCGAGUUGACAAGCCCAUCUCACUAGACAAGACUGCCAACAUCAUAUUCUUCAAUUAUGUGCAACGAUUAUCGCAUUGGGUCGACUCGUUCUCUGAUGACCGCCCAUUCCAUUUGCUAGUACCGAGUAUGGCCCUCACUUGUCCAGCCCUGCUUGAUGCUUGCUUGGCGGUAUCGGCGAAGCAAAUGAUGCUCGUUGGCUAUCGACGCGAUAUUUGCGGAAGUAGUGUGGUGUUGCAUUAUUACCGUCUGGCUUUGCAAGGGAUGAAUGACAUGUUAGAUAACCCGACAUCCGCGAAGAGUGAAGAAGUGCUUGCAUCUAGCAUCUUGCUCUCUACUUACGAGAUGUUGGAUGUAAUCGGUGAAAGUUUCGGAUCACACCUGGGAGGUAUCACAUCUCUCUUACGGGCUCAGAACAUCAACGGGGGCUUGAAAGGAAUAGCAGGUGGAGCAUAUUGGACUUGGUAUCGACACGAGGUGUGGGCGGCUCUGCACACCCCCCAACGAGUCGCCUUAGAUGAGAUGUACUGGCGUCCGGAUCUCAUUGACAGCUUUGAGCAUCUUUCAGUUGAGGGCAUUGCGAAUCGUGUGCUUUUCAUCUUUGGGCAAUGCAUAAAUCACUGCCACACAGAUCCAUUGACUGACGCAUACGAGAUUGAACGUAGAGAACUCUGGCGUACUAACCUCAAACAAGAGCUAGAGAGCUGGAAUGAAAAACGGCCCUUGAAAACGAUGCCCUUAUCCAACACCUCGGGUUCCAAUGCCAAUGGCAGAGACUCUUUAGAACAUCCGUAUUCAGCGCUUCAAUUUAUGUAUCCGCAAAGUGCUAUUGCACAUCAAAUGUAUCAUGCAUCACAUAUAUUGCUCGCGUUACACGAGCCUCCUUCCUUAGUGCCAACAAUUGGGAUCAGUAACCUGCAUACGCUGAAUGUUCGUCGCCAGAUCGAACAUCACCGUCAGCAGGUUGUUGCUGCCGCCGACUCUGGAAUAGGGGAAGCCUGGAGCCUCCUUUCAACUCAGUGCUUGUAUGUUGCAGGCUUAGUCACAGAUGGUCAAUAUGAAAGGGAGCAUAUUUUGUAUCUUAUUGAAGACUGCCAGAGUCAGUCAGGGCGACGAACGGUUUGUAUAGCGAACAUCCUUCGAAGUCUGUGGGCUGGAUAAAGUCAUGUAAGGAGUACAUUUGUUCCUGUGCUCAUCCUUACUGUGUGUAACCAUGAAUUAUGUCCAGAAACGCAUAAUAGCAG